UUUUUUUUUAGAUUCACUGUGAGGAGAAACAGGAAAGGUUGUUUUAGUUGCCUUUGGUUGCCCCUGCCCCCAUGGAAUCAAGCCGAGGGCAAAAUGCUAACAAGGGGCAAGGAGUCAGAUUGGGAGAGGGCAGCGCAAAAUGACACAAUGUUAAUGCAAAAAAAAAAAGCUUCUGUCUGGAGAGAGAACAGAAAUGGGAAUGAGCAAAGAAGUAAUGCUUUUUGUCUUCCACAUCACUCCUCUGUUAAUUCAACCGUUCCUAAGGUGCACUGAAAACGUCUUUGCCCAGUUACACAUUUCUUCUCUUUUCACUUUCAUGUCACACUUAAAUGCUUCAAAUAAUCAGACUAAUGUCAACACUGAAUAAAGAAAGACAAUUUUUUAAAUUAUCAUUAAAUUUACUGAGCAGAAAAAGCUAUGCAGUCCAAUCUGACCAUAACCUGAUGGUCUCUUUAAGGUCAUGACACACUGUCCCACCUUGACCUGUUGCAUUACUAAUGUUUGCAUUGGCUUAAGAUCCCAAACUGAGGGCUUGAUAUUGUCCUUCAGGAUUUUCUGCUAAAAAGAAAAAAUAUAUAUAUUGUUCCGUUACUUCGGCUGAGUCGCUGAAUUCCUGAAACAUCAAAGUAGCCCCCAACCAUCACCCUACCACGGCCGUGUUUCACUGCAGGUAUAAUAUUCCCCCUCAGAAAUGCUGUGUUAAAAGUAAAAAGGAAUAAGAAAAUAAAAAAGGUGUGAAAUGAUGUUUUUUUUUUACCCCUUUUCAAUUUCUGUCUUUAAUCUUAUUCAUAUUUGAGAGUUAGUGUGCACUGAUCAUUGCUUGUUCUCAAAAGAGUAGAAAGAGUUUCGGCUCCGUUAUUUCUGGGGUCGUCACAGCCAGUCAUUACAACUUUUACACAGACUUGGUAGAGUGUUUAACGGCGGAUGCCCUAAUUAAAAAAAAAAGAUUGAGCAAAACAUUUGAAAGGGAUUUUUUUUUUCUUGUAUUGAUUCCAAAAUAAUUCAAAGGACACAGAAUAAAAAAAUAUGGGAGUUUAUAUUAGGAGCCUGUGUGUAUAAAAUCUGAAAGCUCACAUGUAUUGAGAGUGCCAAAAUGCACCCUGCAUCUUAUCGUCAUAAGCAGAUGUUGGUUUACCUGUGAGCAUCUCAGCCAAGUGACACAUCAUGUGUGUAAUAUAAGUUUCAUGAUCAGAAUCGGCUUUAUUGGUUUGCUAAAAAAAAAAAGGGAGGGGGUGAAUCUAUAUUCUCCUGACCUUGGACUUGUAGAAGUCUUAGACGGAGGGAAGGUCAGUCCUGAUGACCCACUCUGAACACCUGAUUCAUUAAAACAUUGUCUGAGGAAGGACCUUCUCAGGUGCUGUGAGAAGAGGGUGGUUCCAAGGAGCCGGAAGCACAGCGUUGUUGCUGGAUGGUGAAAGACGGGAGUGUGGGGCCUGUUCCCUGUAUUUACAAUGUAAUCUCCACAGUUUGAGCAAGCUAAGCUCCAGGUGGGUCCAGUAUAUGUAGACACCGGUGCUUGCCUCUCCUGCUGAUGCGUGUCGGUCAGGAAGAUGGUGGAAGCAUCUGGUUGAGAAUAUCGGAGUCGACGGUGUUGAAGGCUGAGCUGAAGGAUCCUGGCGUAGCGGGGCCCUAGAUAUUUGAGAUGGUGCAGGGUGAAGUGUAGGGUCAAGUCAACUGCGUCAUCCUUCAACAUGUUCGGCAGGUAAGCAAAGUGCAAGGGGUCAAGCAGGCGGGGCUGUGACGUCCUCCGUAUGGUUCAGCAUCAGUCGCACAAAAGGAUGUCAUGAUCACAGGGUGAGAGGCGGGGAAAAAAACCCCAUUUAAUCCGGUUAUAGUCAGGUUUUUGGGGACCGGUUUUGCUUUUGUUGCAGUGGGAGUAACGCACAGCUGUAAAAGACUUGUUAAAGAUCGGAGUGAAAAUCAGCGGCAGUCAGCAUAAGCUCUCAGGCAGGAGGGUGGCACACAAUCAGGUUCUUGAGCUUUCCGGAUUUUACUGCGCUGCUUGAGCUUAUUCACAUCUUCCCCCAACCCAAAAGAUCUUUUAGUCCAGGCAGGCGGUCUGAGCUGAGCAAGGUGGUGGCUGGUGCAAGUGGAGCUUUUUUUUUUUUUUGUCAGUGUGAAAUGUGGAGGAGUUGGAGGGAUAUGUGAACGGCUGCUUUUCAAACCUGCAGUAGAAGCUGUUAUGGUCGUCUGCCAGGGUUCUGUUCCGGAUGGGGGGGAUGACCUCCUUUUGUUGGUUUUAAAGUAAUCCCAUCAGAGGUCUGUGAGGCGCGGGUAUAUAAGCAGAAGUAUAAGGUUAAGUACUGGGCAAACCCAGAGGGCUACCAGCGAGAGGAAGGUCCAAAAGCUGAGAACCUAUUUCCAAAAUCAGGAUGGGAGAAGAAUGGAGAAAACAGGCAUUUGCUGCCAGAAAGCAACAUGAAGAUACAACAAGGGACUCUGCCUUCGCAUACACAAACAGCAAUCAUACAAAAGAUCCUUUUGAGGGACCAAACUACCACAUCGCUCCUCGAUGGGUUUACAAUGUCUCAACAGUCUGGAUGUUUUUCGUGGUCGUUUUAUCAGUCUUCACCAACGGCCUGGUCAUUGUAGCCACAGCAAGGUUCAAGAAACUCCGUCACCCCCUGAACUGGAUCUUGGUCAACCUUGCCAUUGCUGAUCUCGGAGAGACAGUCUUUGCCAGCACCAUCAGCGUGUGCAACCAAUUUUAUGGAUAUUUCAUUUUGGGACAUCCGAUGUGCGUCUUUGAAGGCUACGUUGUAUCAACUUGUGGCAUAGCUGCACUUUGGUCCCUGACUAUCAUCUCUUGGGAGAGAUGGAUAGUUGUGUGUAAACCUUUUGGAAAUACCAAGUUUGAUGCCAAAUGGGCCACAGCGGGAAUUGCGUUCUCCUGGGUCUGGUCCGCAGUGUGGUGUGCUCCUCCCGUCUUUGGAUGGAGCAGGUAUUGGCCCCAUGGACUGAAAACCUCCUGUGGACCUGAUGUCUUCAGUGGAAGUGACGACCCCGGUGUCCUCUCCUACAUGAUUGUCCUCAUGAUCACAUGCUGCGUCAUUCCUUUGGCUAUCAUCAUCUUGUGCUACCUGGCGGUGUGGCUGGCCAUCCGUGAUAUUGCUCAGCAGCAGAAAGAAUGCGAGUCAACCCAGAAUGCGCAGAAGGAAGUUUCCCGGAUGGUCGUUGUCAUGAUCUUGGCUUACUGCGUCUGCUGGGGACCUUACACAUUUUUCGCCUGCUUUGCCGCAGCCAACCCCGGAUAUGCUUUCCACCCUUUGGCCGCUGCCAUGCCUGCAUACUUUGCCAAGAGCGCCACCAUCUACAACCCAGUCAUCUAUGUCUUCAUGAACCGACAGUUUCGCACGUGCAUCAUGCGGCUCUUUGGCAAAGAGACGGAUGAUGGUUCUGAAAUCUCCGCGUCAAAGACAGAGGUCUCCUCUGUGGCUCCUGCAUAAACGUUCAUGGUUGCUGUUUUGUAAGAAAAAAAAAAACAUUUUGACGUGUAUAGAAACCAUAUGUCAUUGGCUUGUUUGAUUUUUAAAUAUUUAAAGACAGAAACUGAAAAAAGUGAUGGUAUAAUAUGCGAAUGUGUGGCUGGUGUUUUUUUUUUAAAUGAACAUAAAAUAUAAGGAACUCUAUUGAAAUUUUUUUUUGUGUUUAAUUCAUGCGAGAUGUAACAAAAUGAACAUCUUUAAAAAAAUUAUUUUCCAUCAACAGUCCACAGAAUAUUUCCCCAAAAGUCUUGGAGAUCAUCACAGGCGUUUGUGGUCUUUUUCUUCAUCAGUGGCAUUUGCCUUUUAACUCUCCCACAAAUGCCAGUUUUCUCCCUUUCUUGUUGUUGAAUUGUAAACAAUAAAAUGAUCAGAGGCAGGUGAGGUCUGUAGUGCUGUAAAUUAUAUUCCUGGUUCUUUUGAGACCUCAUGGAUCAGUUGUUUGAUGCCCUCUUGAAGUGAUUUUGGGAGGUCAGCCCCUCGUGGGAAGAUUCACCACAGCGCCAUGUUUGCUCUAUUUGUGAAUAACGACUUUAAUCGUGGUUUGCUGGAGUCCUAAAGCCUUAGAAAUGGCUUUGGUAACCAUUUUGAUGACACCUUUUGAUUGAUGCUGACAACUUUGUUUCUCAACUGUUCAUGAAUUUAUUCAGAAGGGCUGAUAACCCGUUGCUUCCUAAGAAUUUCCUUAUCCAGGUUCCUGUCGACAGGUUCUAUAGGUGAUAUUCAUACAGAAUUAGACUUUACUGUGGCUAUACAGUAUUUGUCUAGUAGUAAAAUUCCUCUAAAGGUCUGAAACAUUUAAGUGUGAAAAUGAGGCAAAACAAAAAA